ACCACUUCUUCUCCUUUCUCUGCCUCUUCCUCUUCCUCUUCCUCUCCCUCUCUAUAACUAUAAAUUUAAUUUAUUAUAAUAAUAAUGGCCUGCAGCAUAUGACCACCGCCCCUCCCACCCAAACACCUAAAAGCUUCUUCAGAGAAUCCUCAUCCCUAGCUCUCUCUCCCCCUUCCUUUCUCUCAUCUUCUAUCCCUCGCUCCCUUUCCCACCUUCACACUCAAAUCCCUCCUCCUUGUUCUUGCUAUGGAUCAACCUACCGAUCGACCUCCAAUACAACAGUGCCAUCCCACCCCUGACACUAGUAGUGACACCAUCACCGCCACCACCACCACCGCCAGCUCUGGCCGCAGGGGAAAGGGAGGGCCGGAGAACGGCAAGUUCAGGUACCGCGGCGUGCGGCAGCGGAGCUGGGGAAAGUGGGUCGCCGAGAUCCGCGAACCGAGAAAGAGGACGCGCAGAUGGCUCGGCACCUUCGCCACUGCGGAAGACGCGGCCAAGGCUUACGACCGCGCCGCCCUCAUCCUCUACGGCCCCCGCGCACAGCUCAACCUCCAAACGUCUUCUUCUUCUUCUUCUUCGGGAUCCCAUCAAUCCGCCGCCUCUGCCUCCUGCUCCUCCUCGUCCUCUACUCUCCGGCCGAUCCUUCCGCGACCCUCUGCCUUCCCUUUCCCCGUUAAUCCCCCGCCGGUCAACCUCGCAGCCGCUGCGUACGCGGCCUACCCGCCGCAAUUCCUCUACGCCAACAUGACCGACAGCACCGUCAUGGCGCCAGCGGCGGAGUCUGCGGCGGCAGCGGCGGCGCCAUCCAUCUGGCAGCAGGCGGCGAACGAGGAGAUCAGCUCGCUGGCGGGGUCGGUGGGCUCGAGCCUGUCUCUCUCGUGCCCGCCGGCGAUGACCGCCGCGGACAGCUCCGGAUCGGCGCCGCUAGAGUCGCCGCCGUUGUGGGGCUACGACGACUACGACGCGGCAGCGUCUUGCCAACUGUGGAAUGACGACGACCCAUUCUUCUUCGAUAUCUGAUCAUCAGUUAGGGUUUAAUUAGU